UUAUUCUUAAUUUUUUUUUUGUUUUUUUAGAUAAUAUAUCUUGUAUAUUUUACAUAUUUUAUAUAAAAAAAUGAUUUCAUUCAUUUUACAAUCCGCAACAUGUUCUUUAACAAAAAAUGUGAUUUUAUUUAAUGAAAAAUUUACUAUUUUACCAUGUUUGAAAUUCAUAAAUGUUCGAGAUAUUCAUUUAACCUCAAAUAUUAUGAAAGAAUUUCGAAGUGGAUCUAACAAAAUAAGAGCUGAUAUAAAAGCAAAAAAAGUACUUAUGGAAGGAGAAAAAACAAUUGAUCUUAUUGAUAUAAGUAAGUCAAAAUUAUUUCCUGAUGCUUCAACACCAUAUCAAUUUUUUGAUGGUAUACAAUAUGAUCAGUUACAUGUUAUUAAUAUAAAAUCAUCUCCUAAUAAUACAAUAAUGUCUCUUACUGAUUUUAAAGGAUUAGGAAUGAUGUUACACUCUGCUGGAUUUGAAGGUUUUAAAAAUACAAAGAAAGGUACUAAUAUUGCGGCACAACAAGCUGCAAUUACAUUUGGAACACGUGUUCUUAAUCAUGGUAUCAAAACAGUCAAAUUAAGAAUACAAGGUAUUGGACCUGGCAGAAUGGGUGCUAUAAAAGGUUUGCAGCUAACAGAAUUAAAUAUUGUUUCUAUCACAGAUGAUACUAGAGUAUCAUGGAAUCCUCCAAGGCCAAGAAAACAAAGAAGAAUAUAAGACAUGUUGUGUAAUCCAAGAUAUAUAUUCUGAAACUCGAGUAUACACGCCCGGAAGUCGUGGCCGUGCACAUCCUACUCCGGAUGAAACUAUUCCUACAACCAUUACAUUACCAUUAAGAUGACUUGCAAUCAUCAGUGGUCCACCACUAUCGCCCUAAA